GUCAUCUUCACCGUGCGUUCGGCGGCUGACGUUUACACUAUAACAUUUAGCAAAAGGGGUUUUAGAGAUUUAGGGUUUUACCGAGGAGCGGCCGAGAGAGAGAGAGAGAGAGAGAGAGAGAGAGAGAGAGAGAGAGAGAGAGAGAGAGAUGGGGAAGAGCGAGAAGACGACGCUAGGGAGAUCACUGGUAAAGCACCACAACCAUAUGAUUCAAGAAUCGAAAGACAAAGGAAAGUACUACAAGAAUCUCCAGAAGAAGGUUCUCGAAUCCGUCACCGAGGUCAGCGACAUCGACGCCAUCAUCGAGCAGGCAGAGGAGGCCGAGCGUCUUUUCACCAUCAAUCACAGCAACACCACUCCUCUCCCCAUCAAUCUAGAUACGAGUUCUAGCUCAAGUACUAGAGCAGCUGAAGAAUGGAGAGAGCAGCAGAAGAUAGAGGAGGCUUUACACGCUAGUAGUCUUCAAGUUCCUCGAAGACCUCCUUGGACACCAGAAAUGUCAGUGGAAGAACUUGAUGCUAAUGAAAAACAAGCUUUUCUGAACUGGCGUCGGAUGCUUGUGAGGCUAGAGGAAAAUGAAAAGCUUGUGUUGACUCCAUUCGAAAAGAACCUCGAUAUCUGGAGACAGCUUUGGCGAGUGCUUGAACGUAGUGAUUUGAUUGUUAUGGUAGUUGAUGCUAGAGAUCCACUGUUUUACCGUUGCCCUGAUCUUGAGGCAUAUGCUAGAGAGAUUGACGAGCAUAAGAAAAUCAUGCUUCUAGUUAACAAGGCGGAUCUUUUGCCUCCUUACGUCAGGGAGAAAUGGGCAGAAUAUUUUCGCGUCAACAACAUCCUCUUCGUCUUCUGGUCAGCCAUGGCCGCUACAGCUGCCCUCGAAGGGAAAGUCCUGAAAGAGCAAUGGAGAAAACCCGAUAACUUUGACACGACUGAAGAUCCUGAAGUUGUGAUAUGUGGCAGGGACGAGCUGUUGGGACGGUUACAGUUUGAGGCUCAAGAGAUUGUCAGAGCAAGAAGAAACUCUAGAACAGAAUCAUCGACUGUUGAGUCUCAACGUGAGAAUGCUGUGGUUGGAUUUGUAGGGUACCCAAACGUGGGAAAGAGUUCAACAAUCAACGCAUUGGUUGGUCAGAAGCGAACAGGUGUGACAUCUACACCAGGGAAAACAAAGCAUUUUCAGACAUUGAUCAUCUCUGAUGAGCUCAUGCUAUGCGACUGUCCUGGUUUAGUCUUCCCUUCGUUCUCAAGCUCCAGAUACGAGAUGAUCACAUGCGGUGUACUUCCUAUCGACAGAAUGACGGAACACCGUGAAGCUAUCCAGGUGGUGGCGGACAAGGUCCCUCGCCAUGUGAUCGAGAGUGUUUACAACAUCUCUCUUCCCAAACCCAAAACCUACGAGCGUCAGUCCCGUCCGCCUUUCGCUGCAGAGGUUCUUAGAGCUUACUGUGCUUCUCGUGGCUACGUUGCCUCUAGUGGACUACCUGAUGAAACCAAAGCAGCGAGGCAGAUUCUGAAAGAUUACUUGGGAGGUAAGCUGCCGCAUUUUGCAAUGCCGCCUGGGAUGAGUGAAGAGGAUACUAGUCCAGGAACUGGUUCAGAUUCUGAAGAAGGUUCAGAUGAUGAGGAAGAAGGCGAGCAAGUUCCUGGUAUUGAAGAUGUGCUGGAUGAUUUGAGCUCGUUUGAUCUGGCGAAUGGGCUUGCGUCUUCUAAGAAAGUGAGGGUGAAGAAGGAAACAGCGUCUCAUAAACAGCACAAGAAGCCUCAGAGGAAGAAGGAUAGGAACUGGAGAGUAAAGAACUCAGAGGAUGGUGAUGGUAUGCCUCUGGUUAGAGUUUUUCAGAAACCGGCUAACACUGGGCCUCUCACUAUGCGUUGAUUACCAUCAAAUGUAGUCACUCCGAGCAAAACAUGCAAUGUUCCAAAGUUUAUGUGAUGGUGUAUUAUCAAACUAAGAUACUUAAAAGUUUAUUUUUUAUUUUUAAUUUAUUAAAGUUUUGUUAGUUCUUGUUAAUUAAGAGCUUUUUGUACUACAAUUUUGCUCGAUAUAGAUUAUGGUUUUGAUUA